AAGAAAUCGAAUUCUUCAACUCCAUUCUGAAAAACCCUUCAGCUGCCAUAAUACUUUCUUCCUGCGCCGCUCUCCUCCUUGUUCAGCUCCAAUGGGAAAGGGAACAGGGAGUUUUGGUAAACGAAGGAACAAGACCCAUACUCUUUGCGUGAGAUGCGGCCGCCGUAGCUUCCAUAUCCAAAAGAGCCGGUGCUCUGCUUGUGCUUUCCCUGCUGCCCGUAAGAGGAAAUAUAACUGGAGUGUUAAGGCAAUCCGAAGGAAGACCACCGGAACUGGUAGGAUGAGGUAUCUCCGUCAUGUUCCUAGGAGGUUCAAGACUGGUUUCAGAGAAGGUAUUGAAGCAGCACCGAGGAAGAAGAUCGCAUUAGCUUCUUCUGCUUAAGUUGCUUAUGAGGUUGUUUACUUGACAAGUGCCACUUAUUACAACAAUGGAUGUUUUGUCGUCUUUAGUUUCUAUUUUUAUGUAGCUGCUUAGGCUAUUUUUGUUCGACUCUUAAUUGAUGUUUUAUUUUAUUUUCUUUUCUGGAUUAAAUUAAUGACAUACUUGUUUAAGU